AUGAUCAGUGAUCAGCUGUUGUCCAGGAAGCCAUCCCUCUACUCUUUCAAAUUAAACUUGAACAAAGACCCAGAUUCAAUGUCACAGACUGCAGAACAAACAACGCCUCCCAGGCCGGAUGCACGCUAUAUUUUUGUGACUGGCCCACGAACAGCUUCUCAUCUUCUCAUGCGCAUCCUCAAUAUCGAGGGACAGGGUGCUCGCCCGACCUGGAAUGAUGGCUACUUCUGGCUACAGGCUAUGAACCUGCGCACCGACGCGCAUAAGAAUCUUAUGAAGGAGUGGUCAGCCGAGGAGAAGAAAAGCAUUGAGGACAUGGAGCAAAAGUGUUUCAAUAAUCUUCUAGAAUACAUCAAGAAUGCAGAAGUAGAGGGAGACAAAGUCAUGUUCAAAGAGCACGCUUUGUUGCUUAAUCAUCCAUUCUUUGAGUCCCAGCACAUUUACGGAGAAUGGGCUACAGUCGGGGAGCCACAGGUCUUGAAGGGUUAUCCGGCUGGCCUAUCGACCACACGAUCAUCGCUGAACAAGACUAUACUUUCUGAUGACUUCUUAAGGACCUUCAGACCGACAUUUCUCAUCCGACACCCGGCUGUAUCGAUUCCUUCACUGUUCCGUGCGGUGAGGCAUGAAGGCUUCAAGCGAAAGAUCAAAGAACUUAAUCUCAUCGAGACGUCCCUCUUCUGGCCUAGGAAACUUCUAGAAUUUUACGAGGCUCAGCAAAGCAAUGGAGGCGAAGAGCCGCUUGUUAUAGAUGCCGACGACAUGAUGACCUCUCCGGAGUUGAUGCUGAAGUACGCUAGGCUUGCUGGACUGGACCCUAACAAGCUGCAAUUCGAAUGGGAGAAAGCUCCCAAAGAGGUCACCGAUAGUCAGCCUCCCAUCGUACAGUACAUGUUGGGCUCACUAAACUCCAGCGACAAGGUCGAUCUGGGCAAAGUUGCUGGUAAUGUUGAUAUUGACGUUGAGGCGGCGAAGUGGCGGGAAGAGUUUGGAGAGACAGCUGGCGACAGGCUGGAAACCUAUGUCCGCACGGCGAUGAGCGACUACGAGUACAUGAGAUCAAAGAGGUUGACGAUCUGA